AUGAGAAUCGAACACAUUACAGUGUCCAGGCGAUUUUUAUAUCUCUUCACUUAUUCUUUUUUAUUUUUAUCUAUUUUUCUUUACUUUUUAUUUAUUUCGCUUCUCAUUUAUACUUUAGUUUUUCAUUCUCUAUCUAUCGGUAAUUUUUCCCCCUUUCUCUAUCGGUAUUUCUUUUCCCCUUUCUAUCUAUCGGUAAUUUUUCCCCCCUUUCUCUUUCUAUCUAUCGGUAUUUUCCCCCCCCUUUUCUUUCUAUCUAUCGUAUUUUUUCCCCCCUUUCUCUUUCUAUCUAUCGGUAUUUUUCCCCCUUUCUCUUUCUAUCUAUCGGUAUUUUUUCCCCUUUUUUCUCUUUCUAUCUAUCGGUAUUUUUUCCCCCUUUUCUCUUUCUAUCUAUCGGUAUUUUUUCCCCCUUUUCUCUUUCUAUCUAUCGGUAUUUUUUCCCCCUUUCUCUUUCUAUCGGUAAUUCCCCCCCUUUCUCUUUCUAUCUAUCUGUCGGUAAUUUUCCCCCUUUCUCUUUCUUUCUACCUAUCGGUAAAUUUUUUCCCCUUUCUCCUAUCUCUCGGUAUUCGCCCCCUUUCUCUUUCUAUCGAUAAUUUUUUCCCCUUUCUCUUUGACAAUGAAGAUAACAGUCCGAAUAAUUCUCUUCUCUCUCUCUCUUCUUCAGUCUCUUCUCUCUCUCUCUCUUCAGUCUCUUCUCUCUCUUCAGUCUCUUCUCUCUCUCUCUUCAGUCUCUUCUCUCUCUCUCUUCAGUCUCUUCUCUCUCUCUCUUCAGUCUCUUCUCUCUCCCUCUUAUUCUUUUCUGUUUUCGCUCCCUUCUUUCGCUCUCUCUUGUUCUCUUUUCACCAUCUUUUCCUUCUUUUGAUCUGCUUUCAUUCUUUUCUUUUUUCCAUUCUCAUUUAUCUUUUAUCUCAUUCCUUUUACUAUACUUUAUCUUCUUUCCUUUGUGCUAUCUCUUUUUUCACAGUUUUCCUUAUCUUUUCUUUUUCACUGCUCAAUAAUAAAAUCUUACGUCAGAGUAAAGGGGAAUAUAUCACUCACUUCAUUAUUUCAGCUUCAUACUCUUCUUUUAACUCUAUUUUCGCUAUCUUUAUUUUUACCAUCAUUCAACUCUUAAGUAAUCGUAAUCAAAUCGUCGAUGAGCUGGCAUGUGUCUAA